GCGGCUUGAUUAAAAUUGUAUGCGUCUCGACGACGUCGGCGGCGGCGCGGCGCAGGUCCGUGACGUCAAAACCGCCUCCACAGUUAGUCGGGCUUGGAAAUACGCUGAGGAUGUAUUACAAUCGGGGUUGUUGUCUGUUAAUUCCGCUAAAAGCGUCGCGACCUGUGAAAAUGUCUGUGAUAGAGUGUUACACGUUCAGUUAAGCAGGCGACACCAACCAACGGGUUUUGAACAGGAUUUGAUUGAUCAUGCCGGUGGAUGAGCGUGUGGCACGAAGCGUUGCUCUAGAGCAAGCCUACGUGCACGACGUCUACGAACAAUUCUACGACAACCCCAGAAGCAAGCCCUGGCCCAAAGUACAACAGUUUCUGCAAGAUCUCGAACCCGGGUCCCUGGUCUGCGACGUCGGUUGUGGAAAUGGGAAGUAUUUGAACGUGAACACUUCGAUAUUCAACAUGGGAGGCGAUAAAUCGAUGCGAUUGACUGAAGUGGCUCGAGACAAGGAGAACGAAGUUAUAGCCCUCGACAACUUAGCGCUGCCUUUCCGCGACGAAAGCCUCGAUGCCGUGCUUUCCAUUGCCGUCGUUCACCAUCUGGCGACAACGGAAAGAAGAAUCUGCGCCCUGAGAGAGCUGGCCAGAGUUCUACGGAUCGGCGGCCGACUCAUCAUCUCAGUUUGGGCCAUGGAACAGAGCCAUCGCAAAUUCGAGUCUCAGGACGUCCUAGUUCCCUGGCACAGGCCUAAGCAUCUAAGCACGCCCUCCCUCGAACUCACCUCCACGACUAACACCUCGGAAGACGACUGCUUACCGCCAUAUCACGCCUACACGCAAACUUCCGACAGCGACUCCAACAGAUCCGUAAAGUCAAAGGGCAUUGUGAAAAAGCGGGGGAAGUCCCGGCACAAGGGCCGUUCGAUCGACCCCGGACGUAACUCUUCUCCCAGCAGUUCCAGUUUAUCAAGUCCCAACGAAACUUGCUACAGUUUCGUGCGCCGGGCUAUCCAGAAAUUGGCAGGGGGGCGAAGAGUGGGUGUGCACAGGCCCUGGUUUUUGGAAAGUUGGAGCACUUGUGCUAAAGAGCCGUCGCAUCAACAGCGUUACGACCAUGACGGAUGCGAAUGCUGCGACUGUAAUGAGAACAUUCAAGAUAUUCCUAUCGAGUUGAGGAGGGUUGACGAAGAGGAUUUGCCUCAGAGGCGGCAAACUUUUCCGUCGUCUCAGCUUGUUAACGAUAUUUCCAGCAACUUGAAAUCGAAGAGUAUGACGAAUAUUAAGACUGUUGAAAAUAAUAAUAUAGUCAGGUCGCAAUCGAGCACGCCGAGUGUACCGGAAAUCAACGUGUUGCCGGAAAUUAAGCCGAAGGCUACGCUCGCCAAGCCCAAGCUGGUUAAGCAGAAAAAAUCGAUCUGUGAGGAGGAUGAUGAGGCUUUGGAUCAACCGACUGAUAUGAAAACGCUGAUUAAUAAUCUACCGGACUUUAAGGUGUUUCAUGCGAGGUAUCACAGAGGGGGGGUGUUUAAGCAGCGGUCGCUGAACGAGGAGCUGAUGUCGACUGAUAGACUGAAGGAGAAGGAGAGGGUGCGGCAAAAUAUCCAGAAACAAGCAUCUUUGAACGAGGAUUUAAUUUAUCAAAGACACACUUUCGACUCAUUCAAAGAUUCCUUCUUUUCUGUUUCUACUUCGAAGCGCUUCCAAUUAAUCAAAACGGGUUUUACGAAUAAAAUUAAAAACUCCACUACGAUAGAGAAAGUGACUGGGACAUCGCUGAAAAACGGGUUCGUCAGGAUGUUCCAAAACUGGAAAAGUUCCGACCUGAUUUCGCCCACGAUCCCCGAAAACGAAACAAUCGACCCUUUGAAAAAGCCAAUAGUGAUCGAAGAGAAAAAGGACGGUUCCACGACCGAACGGAGACACUCCAAAGAGGACGGUUCCGACUCAUCCAAAGACAGUAGUUUGCAAAGUGAUACUAGUGUAGAUUCCGAAGAUUCGUUCGCUUCGGUUAUAUUUGUCCCGAAAUCGGAUUCCAUGUCGCCGACGCCACUAUCCCCAGGUCCAAUCUCCCCACGGGUCAAAACCUCCUCAGUCCCCAACUCGCCCCGAAUCAAGCAAUCGUCCUGCCCCACCAGCCCCCGAAUCAAGCAAAUGCCUCUGACCGUCUACCCCUUAACCAAACAACUCAGCUCCCCCAAGCCAACAACCUCCGAUCUUCUCACCGACAAAUCAGACAGGGACCACACGGCAAGUACAACAGCAAGCAGCAAAAACCUUGCACAAAAGUACUCAGUACCUCAAAUCCCAAAAUUUAGACGGACUAGUCUCAACUCCCCUAGUCUAAACACCAGUCCGGAAAAAUCCCCAGUAGAAAAAACCGAAACGAGAACCGAGAGACUGAAAAAAAUUAAAGAACUCCUCACGCAAAAGCCCGGCUUUGGGGCGCGAUCCAAAUCCAACUACCCCAUAGUGCGCCACUCCUCCGUCGCCAACGGCAAAGUCGAGGCCGUGGCGAAGCCGCUCCCCAAACUCCUAACCCUCGAGCUCUUCAACCCGGAACUAGACGACAAAGACAGUGACUCCAGCUGCGUCUCAAGCCCCGAUUCCAUCGACAGCGUCAUAAACGUGCGCACGGACAUCACCAGAACCAAGUUCAAAUUCCCUCCCUCCAAACCCAAAGACCCGAAGCCGAUGAGCCUCCUCGAGGCCGCCGCCGACGUGGCCAACACCCUGGACGAAGCCGUGGAGAAAGUGAUCAAGUCCAGCCCCCGCACGAAGCGGAAGCUCCAGACCGGCGACGUGCUCUCCAUCAUACAACGACGCUACUCCAGCGACACCACGCCCCUGCUGGGGGGCCCCUCCUGGGACGAGGAGUGCCACAAGCACCUCACCGACUUCGCCGACAAGCUCAGCGAGAAGCUGCUCCAAGAGAUCGACCAGUAUCAAGAGAAGAGCAAGGCUCUGACCACAUCGAUUGACAACAUCGACGACCCGUACAUUCAUCGACUGAGCGAGGAGUUAGACGAUCUGUCCAAGUUAAGUGCCGAGAUUCAGAAACAGAACGAGUAUUUGGCCAAGUUGAGUGCGAGUGAUAGUUUGUUUAAUCGAGCUUGUGCAAAGUGUAGGGAAGUCGAGUGUAAAUGCUACGAACGGACCAAAACGAAAGAAAAAACUGAUACGAAAAAAGUGCCAGUUAGUGAGUUUUUCAGUGUGAAAAAUGACGCUUUUAAAAGGUCGCACACGAACGAGUCGCUGAGCGAAACGCCAGAGUUUGCAAACUGCAAGCUCUCCGUCAGCAAGACCUCCAUCAGGAUGGGCACCUCCACCGACUCGUGCGAUUCGGACAAAGGCAGUAGCACAAACUCGAUGAUUUCGAGCGUGGCGACCUCGAUCAACUUCGGCCAGUCGCUGGAGUCGGCCGAUGGGGUUGAAAGCCACAAGGACACCAACUCCAUCAGCAGAUACAGCGACGGGGGAAGCACCGCAUCGUUGGCGUCGUGUCCCGAAUGGAAAACGAUCAAACCGAAAACCGAGGAACGAUUAUCGAAUUCGACCGUCAGUCUCGAGAGCGAUUCGUCGAAAAAGCGCGAAAAGUCGACACUGCUGAGCGAUACGUCGCAGGACUCGCUGCCUUCGGACAAUAUCGGCGGCGAAAUAACUUAUCAUAGAUAUUAUCACGUGUUUAGAGAGGGAGAACUGGACCAAUUGAUAGAAAAAUAUGUAGAAAACCUCCACAUUAUAUCGUCGUAUUACGACCACGCCAGCUGGUGUAUAAUUGCCGAGAAGGUGCAAGUAUGGACUAUCUGACGUGUUGGAAUAGAAAUGAAUCAACGUCAAAGCACAAUGUACAUAAAUGUUCUCUUUAACAUAGCGUAGUUGCAGGCCACUCAUCUUAUGAAGGUUGGGCUCAUUUCUCACUUCGCAAGUAGGGAUUUCCUUUCGGAACUUUAAUCAAUUCCUGGCCUUACCUUCGACUGUAUAGAGUUUUCAUAAGCCUACGUACAUUAACUAAUGCUAAAGUCGCCUACCUUGUUAGAACUAAUAGAACUCUAUUACAGUUGCAGAAUGUGUAGAGAUUAUCGCUACUAUCAUGGUUCUGUUACAUUCGUUUCAUCUUUCAAGCUCAAAUCGACCUAUAGUCAGACUUUGUGUGUUUAUGUAAAGUAUAGCAAAUUAGCUCUUAUAUUUUUUAUACAAUUAAAGUAACAUAAUUGAUUCAAGGAUCAUUUCGGUGUUUUCGAUUCUUUCACGCGCAACUUCCCGUUUAAAUAUGUUCGUUCAUCACAAACUGGGCCGAAAUCGUGCUUUCAUUACAUAUCAUUUACAAGUUCUGUAAUUUAGUUUGUCUCACGAAAUUUCGGAACAGAAUGAUGAACUGAUAAGUGUGAACUGAGCGUCUGUUUCCCCCAGCGGGUGGCAAACAAUCGCAUUGAACCGGUCGAGGAAAAUCUUCCCACAUGUCCAUUUAUCGCAUUCGAAAUGCUCCUAUUUUUUACCGCUAUGACGUGUGACGAAAAGUACAUAUGACCUACGUAUUGAAUAAUAAUCGGCAGAAAUUUUCAGACAUGAGUUCAUUAGCGUUAGACCAUGGCUUCUGCACGCAACCGACGAACGUUGCGUGCAAAAGCUCGAAACUAGUUGAAGAUAGCUUUAAAGUAACCAUUGAUUAAUACGCUAUUUUUCAUAUCUUGCGGUAUUUAUGACACAAUUUGGGGCUAGAAUAAACCGAACAGACAAAUAAUAAAUUCCUUUGAUUAUAUUACUUAAUCCAUUCCGUUACCCAUCUUAAGAGAGUAUUAAACUUUGUGCCUGUCUUGUAUGGUGAAGAAUUUUGAUACUUAAAAUAGGAUUCAACGAAAAACUUUGAUGUGACAUGUAUUUCACUCUAUAAAUCAUUAAAAACUACAAACUAAAUUUGCAUUUGACUUGUUGUGUUUAAUAAAAAUAUACUCAAAU